GCUCUAGAUAUGCAGCUUGCAGAAUCUAUUAGCAAGCACACAGUUGUCUGCUUUGUUCGAUCAUUUGAGGUGGAAUAUCAGAGUCAGCAGCAAAAGAAAAAUGCAGUUGUCAAACUGUACACUCUUGAGGAACUCCCACAGAUGAUAACAUCCAUCAAUCAUGAAGACCCUCCAAAUGUACAAACCCAACUCAUGACACCUGCAAUAACUGAGGUAAAAGUCAGAGCAUCAGAAGACAUGAUCACUCCACUGCCUGCACCAACAAUUGAAGAUAAAACUGCAAUCAACACUUCUGCAACUGCUGCCGCGCCUGCAAAGAGUUCAGCCAAAAGAAGCCUUAAUUUCACUUCAAAAGCUGCAAACAGUAUAUCCUCAGUUGUUGAUGAAGCUUCAAUGUUGAUUGAAGAGGAUGAUAGUAAACAGCAGAGCUCCAUAACGUUUGAACCUGAAACCUCUCGCUACAAACAGGCAGAAACAAGUUCAAGCAAAAAGAAGAAGAGCGGUCUGAAAAUUGACUGAUUCCUUUGUCUUCUUGAAAAACUACUUUUGUUAAGCUACUUUAAUCAUGGAUUACUCAGACUCUUAUAUUUUGUGAAUAUAUUAUAAUUCAUUAUGUUAGUCUACAAAACAUAAUGAAACAUAAUAUUUCUUUUGACGUCUGUAGAAGAAAAACUAACCUACAGAAGUAAUGUAGUAUUGUCUCUUCAUAUGUAAUCCAGUGUUGCUUUUGAUGACGCUAUGCAGUAAAAGGAUCAUAUUCUGUCUA